ACGACGAUGACGAAGUCGGCCAUGCUUUUGUUGUUCGCCUGCUGUGUUUUGUGUAUGUAGUGUGUGCAGUAUAUGCUGCAUGCACUGUGUGUGUAUGUGAAUGACGCUACGUCGCGUAUUUUGACGUGUGUCUACGUAGCAGUCGGGGCGUCCAUUCCGAUCGCGUCACCGGUGUGACGAGAAAUACGUAACCCGAAUUAGUUCAUAUUUGGAGAACUCCAAGUAAAACAUGGAGGAUGAGAACAAUAGCACAGAGCAAAAUAACGCUGCCAUCAGUGCUGCCGAGGAAAAACUACAGCUCAUUACAACUCAAGCCUUGCCUGUGUCUGUGGUCAUGUCUGGGAUGUCCAGCCAACCUGUCGCCGUGUCCUCGGUCAUCCAGUCCAACAACACGCAACCUUCUGUCAUUCAGACAACCCCAUUGCACACGGUCCAAGUCCAAGUGACCCCAGUGCAGGACGGAGAAGAACAAACGACGACGACAACAGUGGUAGCGGACACUGAGGUGGAUCGUAAGAGGCGGCAGGAUAUUCUCUCACGUAGACCCUCAUACAGGAAGAUUCUGAAUGACCUGUCAUCCACAGACACUCCCGGAGUGGCCAGGAUUGAAGAGGAAACCACAGAGGAAGACAACACUGGCACUAUCACCUUAGCAGGCGCAGCGGGCCUACAUGGAUUCCCAACAGUGAUGACAACAGGUGGUGCCACCAUCCAGAUUGCCAAUCCUGCCGAGAUGCCCAGCCUGCAGACCCUGACGAUGACCAACGCCGGUGCCCCGGCGGGAACCAUAGUCCAGUCCAUACAGACACAGGAUGGUACCCAGCAGUUCUUUGUUCCUACUGCUUCAGGUGAUAUCCAGGCGUACCAGAUCCGACCGGCUACCAGUCUCCCCCAGGGAGUAGUGAUGGCCAGCACAAAUCUCCAGUCAUCUGGACACUUACAUGUUCAUGAAGAGGCUGGCAGAAAGAGGGAACUCAGGCUCAUGAAAAACAGGGAAGCAGCCAAGGAGUGUCGGCGGAAGAAGAAGGAAUACAUCAAGUGUCUGGAGAACCGAGUGGCCGUCUUGGAGAACCAGAACAAGACACUCAUUGAGGAACUGAAAUCUCUGAAAGAACUCUACUGCCACAAAUCAGAAUGAAAAAAAUCCACGCCAUCAUCUUGAAGUGUGUAUGUCCUGGUUGUUUUAAGAAUGGAUCCUAUUCUUAUGGUCUGUUGCGCUCCUUGUCUGCAAAGAGAAUCAUUUUAGACGGUGAUUUCUGUCUUAGUGGGCAAGCAUUCUAAGUCUUUGGGCUGUACAUUCUGAGGCUGCAUAUGAUAGUCCAUAAACCAUCACUUGUAGGGCACAACCGGACUCUAGUUUUUUGGGAGGGACUUCUCUGGAAUACCUCAAAGUUUGGUUUAGGCAUCUGGGCAUCUCAACUCGCAUUUGACAUCGUCUCGGCAAUGUCAACAUGAAAAGGUCCCAUUUGCUGGUUUUGCUGUUUUUUGUUUCUUAUGUCCAAAGUUGUAACUUUUAAAGUUGUGUAUGUUGUGUCUUUCUUUGUGGAUGGUGAUCAAGCGUAGGUGAUGUUCCACUUUCAGGUUGCUUUCGAUUCAUUUACUUUUUAUUUGAGCGUAAAGUCUGAUACCAUUUUUCUCUCGAUUCGAUGAAUAGGUUCGACAACUUUUACAUUAUGGAAUCCAUAAUGAGUAUGCCACGCAGCGUUGUAUGUUUCUUCGGAAGACAUUCGUGUUUGGAAGACAUUUGUGUUAAUAGCUGAAUACACAAGAAUGAGUGCAUUUUAAGUUCAAUUUCCGUGUACAAAUUAAAACUGUUGGUGUACAUGUAUAUAAAAAUGCGAGAUAAUUAUACGUUCUAUUUUGGAUUCUAAAUUUUUAAUCUGCACGAACAUUUUUUUAGGCCCUACUACCUUGCUUUUAAUUUGCACUGUUUUUGUCUCUGCAAGAUUAUUUGUUGGAAAUUAAAAUUUUGCCCAAACUGUCUUUGUCCAACCCUGUAUUUGCAGAUAUAAACUACGGAAUAAUUUUUUUUAAAAAUCAAUUACCCAUGGGAAAUAGUACUGGACAUUGAAACAAGCUUUUAGGGAACUUAACAUUUUAGAAAACGAAUUUAGAAUGGAUUAUAACCAUAGUAUGUUUAUAUUCAGAUUCAUAUGAUGCAUUUAUUAGAAUGAAAAUCAGCUGAUAUUUUCUCAACAUCCAAUAUAUUUUUUUUUCAAAAAUAGCCAAUUGCUUACAGUAAACAAUAAUUGACAGACAGGCCCUGUUCGUUAUCUGUAAUGCGAGUAAUGCUUGGAGAGACCAAUCCAUUAGGCUCCGCCCAAUUUGUUUUUGGACCAAUCACAGCUUUGGUUAAUGUCCAUCGUGCGUGCGUGCACCGUGCGCGCGUAACGCGCUCGCGUAACGCGCACGUACAGUGUGGCAUUGGAGAAUGAUUGUGCACGUGAUUUUGCGCUGGGCGGGGCCUAAAGUAUCGAUUUGGUCAACUCCAAGUAAUUUUGUCUUCUUACUGCUUUGUAAAUAGCCAUAUAAAUACUCGUGUAUAUGGAGACUUCAUGCUAAAUUACUUCAGUGUAUAUAUUGACAAUUCUUCCAACACAAGUCAUGUCAGUGCAGCAUUAGAUAUUUAGGCUAGCCUUUGAUGUUAAUCCGUGUGGCUUUUGAUUUUAAGUGUUUUACUUUCUGAAUUAAAUGUUUUAACCAAGAAAAAAAAAACUACAUAAAGGAACCGUGCAGGUCGCCAUAUCAGUGUUCUACAUUACAUGUAGUCAAGUACCUUUGAGUGUACACGUUAAAAUACAAGAACUUUCAUGUACACCUCAAAAAGGCAUGUAUAGAAGAUGUAAGCAUGUACAGGAAGAUCUUUUUUCCAUUGUUGAAUACUUUGUGGUAUAUGAACUGAGACUUGUGUAUCCAUAAUUCUCUUGUACAUGUACAUGAUUUGUUCGAAAAGCUGUACGAUUAAACAUGAAAAGAGCCAAUGCUAUAAUUAUUGGUUAUGAA